CAUCCCCGUUUCCUUCACAACACAACCCAACACAACACACUUCAAUUCAUCACUCCAAAGGACCACAGCAUCUCCACACUUCUCUAGUCCCUUAAUUACGAUAUACCAAUAUGAAUCGCUUUGUGAGUUUCUCUUUCUCAUGCCUAGCGGCCCUUCUUCUCAUUUCCUUCGCCGAGCCCUUAUCAGCUCAGUCGGUCUCUGCUCCAGCACAAGCCCCGUACCAGUCGCCACCUAUGCCCCCAGUGCAAUCGCCACCACUAUCCCCAGCAGCUGCCCCGGCACCAUCCAGUGCCCUGACCAUCAACUCAAUUCUCCAAAAGUAUGGGUACUUUACCGCCCUGCUCCGACUCCUGAAGAUCACCGGCAUGGACAAUCAGAUCAACUCUCAGAUUAAGCAUGGGAGCGGCCUGACCUUCUUUGCCCCGACAGACAACGCUUUCUCGAAACUCAAGUCUGGAACCCUGAACUCCUUCAACGAUCAACAGCAGGUAGAGUUGAUGCAGUUCCACGUGAUCCCAACCUUCCUCCCCAUGACCCAGUUCCAGACUGUGAGCAAUCCACUCCUGACACUGGCAGACGGGGCCAACGACGGCAAGUUCCCAUUAAACGUCUCCGUCACAGGCAACAGCACUAUCAACCUGUCGACUGGGAUCGAUGCCGCCACUGUGGAGAACACACUCUACUUCAAUGCCGGGAGGCAGCUGGUGGUGUACCAAGUGGACAGGGUCCUGCUUCCCAGGAAGAUCUUCAUGCCUAACCCCCCGCCACCAGCCGUUGCUCCCGCAUUGGCCCCGGCGACUCCAAAGACAGUGGAGCAGCAGGAGCAGCCGAUUACUGAAUCAAAACCGAGCUCGGCCCCAAUGGCUAGGCUUGGAGCUCAGGGUGUGGUGUGGGCCGGAGCUGCCGCCAUUGCUUUGUUCUUUUCAUGAAGAGAGGGAUAGCUGAUCGUGGACGUACUGUUUGUUUAUGGAAGCGUCAUUGAUGCACCGGGUGUCAUUAAUUUUUCUAUUAUCAUUAUCAUUAUAAUUAAUUUUCAUUAUGAGAGUGUAAUAGUAUUGUCGGAAUAAAUAAAUUACAUGGUCCGUGAUUUGGAUUGAAUUGACAUUCAAA